AUAGCAACGGUAGCUAGCCGCGGGGAGAGAGUGGCGGCCAUGUCUCGUCCCACUGAUGAGACGGCAGGAGACCUUCCUGUGAAAGAUAUAGGUCUAAACCUCUCUGGAAUGGGAGGGUUACAAGAAACUUCAACAACACGGACAAUGAAGUCUCGCCAGGCAGUGUCACGUAUCAGUCGUGAGGAACUGGAAGACAGAUUUUUGCGUUUGCAUGAUGAGAACAUUUUGCUUAAACAGCAUGCCCGCAAGCAAGAGGAUAAAAUUAAAAGAAUGGCCACCAAGUUAAUACGGCUAGUUAAUGACAAGAAAAGAUAUGAGCGGGUUGGUGGCGGCCCCAAGCGGCUGGGACGAGAUGUGGAAAUGGAAGAAAUGAUGGAGCAGCUGCAAGAGAAAGUUCAUGAGCUUGAAAGACAGAAUGAAGUCCUCAAAAACAGACUCAUUUCAGCCAAACAGCAACUUCAAAUCCAGGGUUACAGGCAAACACCAUACAAUUAUGUGCAAUCUCGUGUUAAUACUGGGCGUAGAAAAGUGCAUGAAAAUGCAGGCGUACAAGAAUGCCCCAGGAAAGGUAUUAGAUUCCAAGAUGUCGAUGUAGCAGAAACUCUACAACCCAUGCUUACAAAAUAUGGCAACUGUUUACUUGAAGAAGCCAGAGGAGAAAUAAGAAAUUUAGAAAAUGUUAUUCAGUCACAGAGAGGCCAGAUUGAAGAGUUAGAGCACUUGGCUGAGAUCCUGAAAACUCAGUUGAGGAGAAAAGAAAAUGAAAUUGAGUUAUCUCUUCUUCAGCUUCGAGAACAGCAGGCUACAGAUCAAAGGUCAAACAUUCGGGACAAUGUAGAAAUGAUUAAGCUUCAUAAACAACUAGUGGAGAAAAGCAAUGCUCUUUCAGUAAUGGAAGGAAAAUUUAUUCAGCUUCAAGAGAAGCAAAGAAGUCUCCGGAUCAGCCAUGAUGCCUUGAUGGCAAAUGGGGAUGAACUAAAUAGGCAACUCAAGGAGCAGCGUUUAAAAUGCUGCAGUCUUGAGAAACAGUUACAUUCCAUGACAUUUUCUGAAAGAAGAAUAGAAGAGCUGCAGGAUAGAAUUAAUGAUUUAGAAAAGGAACGGGAACUUUUAAAGGAAAACUAUGAUAAACUUUAUAACAGUGCCUUCAGUGCUGCCCACGAAGAGCAAUGGAAGUUCAAGGAACAGCAGCUGAAAGUACAGAUCGCUCAACUCGAGACUGCCUUAAAAUCUGACCUAACAGACAAAACUGAAAUCCUUGACAGAUUCAAAACUGAAAGAGACCAAAAUGAGAAACUCAUUCAAGAAAACAGAGAACUACAGUUACAGUAUCUGGAACAAAAGCAGCAACUUGAUGACCUUAAACACCGCCUGAAGUUUUACAACCAGGAGAGUGAUAUUAAUGCUGAUGAAUUGAGUGAAGCUCUCCUGCUUAUAAAGGCUCAAAAAUCACAAAAAAACGGAGACCUUUCCUUUUUAGAGAAAGUAGACAAUAAAAUUAACAAAGAUCUAGAACGCUCCAUGAGAGAGCUACAAGCAACACAUGCAGAAACGGUGCAAGAACUUGAAAAGACGCGAAACAUGCUAAUUAUGCAACAUAAAAUUAAUAAAGAUUAUCAGAUGGAAGUUGAAGCAGUGACCCAGAAGAUGGAAAAUUUGCAGCAAGAUUAUGAACUCAAAGUGGAACAAUAUGUUCAUCUUCUUGAUAGCAGAGCUGCACGCAUUCAGAAACUAGAAGCCCAAUUAAAGGAUAUUGCCUAUGGCACCAAGCAGUAUAAAUUUAAACCAGAAAUCACGCCAGAUGACUCCGUUGAUGAAUUUGAUGAAACCAUUCACUUAGAACGAGGCGAAAACCUAUUUGAAAUCCAUAUCAACAAAGUAACCUUUUCUUCUGAAGUUUUACAGGCAUCUGGAGAUAAAGAGCCUGUCACUUUCUGUACCUAUGCUUUCUAUGAUUUUGAGCUACAGACAACUCCCAUAGUGCGAGGCCUUCACCCAGAAUAUAACUUCACUUCUCAAUAUCUCAUUCAUGUUAACGACUUAUUUUUACAAUAUAUUCAGAAGAAUACUAUCACUCUUGAGGUCCACCAAGCUUACAGCACAGAUUAUGAAACAAUUGCGGCAGGUCAGUUGAGAUUCCAUGAAAUUCUAGAAAAAAGUGGUCGAAUAUUUUGCACAGCAAGUUUGGUUGGAACUAAAGGAGACAUCCCAAAUUUUGGCACAGUGGAAUACUGGUUCAGAUUACGGAUUCCCAUGGAUCAAGCAAUUCGACUUUAUCGAGAACGAGCAAAGGCUUUGGGAUAUAUAACAUCAAAUUAUAAGGGGCCAGAGCAAAUGCAAUGGUCAAGUCAGCAAGCACCCAAAACUGCUCAGCUCAGUUCUACUGAUUCCACAGAUGGCAACUUAAAUGAACUUCAUAUUACAGUCAGAUGUUGCAGCCACUUGAAGUCCCGAGCAAGCCACCUUCAGCCACACCCAUAUGUUGUGUACAAGUUUUUUGAUUUUGCUGACCAUGAUACAGCCAUCAUUCCCAGUAGCAAUGAUCCACAGUUUGAUGAUCAAGUGUGUUUCCCAGUGCCAAUGAAUAUGGAUUUGGAUCGAUACCUUAAGUCAGAGUCUCUGAGUUUUUAUGUAUUUGAUGAUAGUGAUACUCAAGAGAAUAUAUAUAUAGGAAAAGUCAAUGUGCCUCUGAUUUCAUUGGCACAUGACAGGUGUAUCUCAGGAGUGUUUGAGUUAACAGAUCAUAAGAAGCAUCCUGCAGGAACCAUCCAUGUUAUAUUGAAAUGGAAAUUUGCUUACCUUCCACCCAGUGGAUCUGUAACAACUAAAGACUUAGGAAAUUUUAUACGCAAAGAAGAUUCAGAAGUUGUUCAAAGAGCACCUCCGACAUCCUCUGUUAGCACAGUAGUUGCUGUACCAACACCAAAACCAAGACAGCGUUUAACACCUGUAGAUAAGAAAGUGUCUUUUGUGGAUAUCACACCACAACAGAGUUCUGAGAUACCUCCUCCUCCUGAAGAUGUGAAGGAAAUGUCAUCAGUAGUGGAGUAUACGCCAGAAAUAGAAACUAAUAUGCCACCUCUUUCACAUAUCUCUGAGGUUUCUCAAGAAAGCAGUGGAGCUAAGGUAAAAGAGAGAAUUCAACAAGGAAAAGAUGAUGUAUCUUUCCUGUCUGAGGGUCAGCUUGCAGACCAAAGCUGGACUUCUUCUGAAGAUGAAACAGAAAUAACUGAGGAAUUGGAACCAGAAGAUGAGGAAGACAGAUCAGCAUCUGACAGUGAUGAGUGUAUUAUUCCAGGUCAUAUCUCCAAGAAUAUCAAACAGCCAUCAGAAAAAAUUCGGAUUGAGAUCAUAGCUCUAAGCCUUAAUGAUUGUCGAGUAACUGCAGAUGACACUAUCCAACGGCUGUUCGUUGAAUGCAGAUUCUACAGUCUUCCUGCUGAAGAGACACCUGUGUCACUUCCAAAACCCAAGAGUGGGCAGUGGGUCUACUAUAAUUAUAGCAAUGUGAUCUACGUGGAUAAAGAAAACAACCAAGCAAAGAGAGACAUCUUAAAAUCAAUACUACUGAAACAAGAGCUGCCUUACAGAAGUGUGCGCUUCACGGUGGUCAGUGACCCUCCAGAGGACGAACAGGAUCUGGAAUGUGAAGACAUUGGCAUUGCUAACCUUGACCUCGCUGACUUGUUUCAGGAAGGGAGAGACAUCAUCGAGCAAAAUAUCGAUGUCUUGGAUGCACGGGCAGGUGGUGGACGUAUCGGCAAGCUCAGGGUAACCGUCGAAGCGCUCCAUGCCCUGCGGUCUGUCUACGAGCAAUACAGAGAUGACCUGGAGGCUGAAAGAAGCUGCUCCAGGGGCAUCCCUGCUCCUGAGUAAACGCUCACAUGAAAGCUCUGAGAUGAGAUUUCUGUAAUUACUCUGGUGUAUAUAAUCUAUAAUUCAUGGCACGCAGGGAGGGGGAGGCCUGGGUUGGUCGUGUUCAAGUUUUGUAUACUUUUCCAUUUGUUUAUUUUUCUAUUCCCUCCUUCCCAUGACUGCCACCCCUCAGGACUUCAGUUCUCCACCAUGGGCAGUACCUUCUCAAUAAUUUAUACCUACAUGAUAGCAUGAGAAAGUCUAUUUGCAUCUUCAACACUUUCUUAUGAAGAACCGACAUGCAAUUCCCAUUUUUAUUUUUAAUAAGCAAAAAGGAUAAAUCUUAGAAAACCUAUGAAAAGAAAUACUUUUAUGUUAUCCCUAAUCGUCCCACUAAAUGGAAUGCCUAUGAUUAGCCUCAUUAAGAGUUUUAUACUGUGAAGAUUUUAUUAGAAGCAAUAUAUGAAAAUUACUUGGAUUAAUGUGUUAAUCUUCCUCUUUAAAAUGCUAAUAUCCAUUUUAUGCACAUUAAACCUCAGUAUGCAUUUUC